AUGGCCACGCUCAGUAUCCUCACGUUUGAUCUGGAGGACCGCCCGAUAGAGUUUGAUGCGUGGCUCGACGACCUACCGUUGUUCUUACUGAGCGAUUCCAAGGACGGAGUCUCACUGUUUGACCUCACGUCUGGCGCCUCUCCUGCCCCUGCCACCACAGCUGACAAUCCGACUCGCUUACAGUGGCUUACUCAGCUGUCCGCCUUUGCCACAGUAGCCGGCCUCGUCACUCACCUUCGUACUAGUAACACUCGCUACCGCGCUGCGCUUCCCGCCGAGUUUCUCACCAAGAACCCUCCUCCCUUGUACAUCACUCUCUACUUCAUAGUCACCCGCCUCUCUGACUCUCUUAGCGCUGUCAGGGACCUCCUUCUAACUGUUGACCCCACCACCCUCAUUGUCGACCUUCUUGAGAAGCACCUCCUUGCAGCUGAGACUAGCAUAGUCACUGUAGGCGCUUCUCGUGGCACUCCUCGCACCCCCUUCUUUGAGGGGUGUUCACCCUCCCCCCUUCUCCCCUCAGUCGCCUCUGCUGCAGCUGUUGACUACCUUCGUGCUGAGGAGGUAGGAGCUGCGUCUGCCCCUAGUGGGAGGCGCCGCAGCGGCAGGGGAGGCCAGGGAGGCGGGGGCAGUGGGGGCGGCAGAGGUGGAGGCGACGGUCGAGGCGGUGGAGGCAGUGGAGGGGGCGGCGGUGGCAGAGGGAGUGGUGGUGGGGGUGGAGGUGCAAGUGGCGGUGGGGGUGGCGGCAGUGGCGGUAGUGGCGGCGGCAGUGGUGGCGGCAGUGGGAGUGGAGGCGGCUGUAGUGGUGGCAGCAGUGGGAGUGGAGGCGGCUGCAGUGGUGGUGGCCGGGGUGGUACUUGUCAGAGGGGAGGCCUUGGCGGUGGUCAGAGACAGCAGCAGCGACGUCAGCUUUUGCCUCAGAAGCUACGUGAGUGGUUUGCUCUGCGUUGGGCUGCUGGGGGUAGUGGUCUCUAG